GGACAAGUGAUGUUGCACGCAGAGCCGGUGGUUGGAGCAGUGGGUGAUCAGUUUGCUCAGGUUUAAUCAUCGAUUAUGUCAUGGAAGUGCAGCCAAGGUUGGCCCAAUGUGGUUGUUGGAUAGUUGAGGGGGAGAAAUCUACCACUUGCUUCCUUCCAUUUUCAUACAUAAAUGUUGCUGGAGCUGUGAUGCCGCUGUAUUGCUGUCCUGUGCGUUAUCAGUUACAGUAUCCCAGUUGUUAACCAUCGUCCAUCGUCGACGUAUCGUAUCACGGGAGAUCUGGUCAAGUUAUUGUCAGACUAGCCGCCGAACAGCACAACGACGACAAUGUCGAGGUCUAUGCUGAAAGACUCUCCAAAUGCUGCACUGGAUAAGACAAUUUUGGGCAGGUAUAUGGAUCUGCCCCAACCCGAGGACAAAGUCCAGGCUAAAUACAUCUGGAUCGAUGGAACUGGCGAGGGCAUGAGGUCCAAAACGAGAACUCUAAACUUCGUGCCGAAACAUCCGUCAGAGCUUCCAUGGUGGACGUACGACGGGAGUUCGACGUACCAGGCAGACGGUGCGAAUUCUGACAUCUUCCUGUACCCAGUGGCAAUCUACCGGGAUCCAUUCCGCCGAGGUCACAACCGGUUGGUCCUCUGUGAGACCCUGAACAGCGACAAGACCCCAACGAGAACGAAUCUCCGUCACAAGUGUAACGAAGCGAUGGAAGCAAUUAAGGAGCUGGAGCCCUGGUUCGGCAUCGAGCAGGAGUACACAUUCUUAGAUUUCGAUGGAAGACCCCUGGGCUGGCCAAAAAACGGCUUCCCAGGACCCCAGGGUCCCUACUACUGUGGUGUAGGUGCGGAUAAAGUAAUUGGAAGGGAAAUCGUCGAGGCACACUACAGGGCUUGCCUCUACGCCGGUGUCAAUCUCGCUGGUACAAACGCAGAGGUCAUGCCAUCGCAGUGGGAAUUCCAGGUUGGCCCCUGCGUGGGAAUUUCUGGAGGUGAUGAUCUGUGGAUUGCUCGUUUCCUUCUGCACCGUAUUGCUGAGGAGUACGGAGUGAUCGCCACCCUGGACCCCAAGCCAGUUGAUGGUGCAUGGAAUGGAGCUGGAGCCCACACUAAUUUCUCGACGAAGCUCAUGAGACAGGAUGGUGGCAUCGCCGAGAUCAAUAGGGCCAUUGAGAAGCUCAGCAAGCAGCAUCUUCGUCAUAUCCAGGCGUAUGAUCCACGUGGGGGAAAGGACAAUGAGCGUCGUCUCACUGGCAAGUAUGAGACUAGCAGUAUCCACGAUUUCAGUGCUGGCACUGCCAACAGGGGCUGCAGUAUUCGCAUCCCCAGGGGUGUCGCUGAGGACAAGAAGGGAUACCUCGAGGACAGAAGACCAAGCAGUAACUGUGAUCCUUAUGCUGUCUGCAAUGCACUCGUUCGCACUUGCUGUCUCAAUGAGUAAUUUUUUUUUCAAACUGCAGUCGAUCCUGCUGGGGGAUUACAGAAUUUUUGGGAAGGAUAUUAGAAUUUUGGUGGAAAACUACAGUCUGAAUAAGUAAAUUUGACAUUCCUCGUUGUCAAUUGCAUGAGAAAUAGAAAAAAAAAGGUUUACCCCUAGUUUUCAUGAUGUCUAGUAGAAUAAAGUGAUAAGGAGUUAUGGAAAAUGUUUUUCUACGGUCGAUCGCAUAAAGUGAGGGAUUCGGUUGAUUGUUUCAGUGUUCAUGUCACAAAAAAAAAUGAGAAAUUGUAAAAACCAAAUGUUAAAAUGUGUUAGAUAAUGGCGAAAAUAUUAGAAAAAAUAUAUUUGGGGAUGGGGGAGGUGAAGGGGAAUUUUUGAGAGAUUUAUGAAGGAAUUAUUACGCAUCCUAGGGUAUUUGCAUGUUAAGAUUAUGUCAAGCUGAAGCACUUGACAGUAUCGCCAGGUCACAAUCUUCGCGUUGUUAUCGUCGCUGAGAGGAUUUAUGUAUUUUUCACAUUUUUGACAGUAAUGUAUUAUCUGUAAUUGCUCGUUAAUAAUCUCAUAAUCUCCGGUGAGAUAGGCCUCUUUUAUAUCUGAUUCGACGUGGCUGUCAGCCUGGGAUUGGGUCUCGUGGAAUUCUAGAAAUCACUAGGGAAUCAAUGAUCCUUCGAUGGAAAUCGCCAAUUCAGAUUACGAGGGGAAUUAAUUUUUUACUCGUCUUUAUCGAAGACUUGUUCAUCCCAGUCUAUCUUGUUUAUUACAGAUAUAUUUUUUAUUCUCACACAUACUUCAAUUAUUUUUUAUCCAGAAUGUUAUAAACAGGAUCAUCACAAUUUAAUCAAUCGUUUAUGUUGAACUGUUUAGAGAAUAAUAAGGGAGAAAUUCAUUUAUAUUGAGCAAAAAUUUUAUAGAGAAUAUAAUUGUACAAAAGAUGCAGUGUAAAUCGCUAUUUUCGCAUAAUCUUUUUUUUUUUUGUCAUGAGACGAAUGGAGGAGGUGAUAUUGUAAUUAAAUAUAUCGAAGAACAGAAUAAAGUGCUAUUUUGAAAGAGUA